GGUGACCUUUCGAGUCUAUGACCAUCUCAACCCAUCUAUAAAUUGUAAUCACAUUAAGAAGCUGAGUUAACUCGCUCGUCACUUUCGUCCAAUUCUAUUUUUCUACAAAUAGCUUUAAUCCUAAAGUUCGUUAUAUAAACCCCCCAAAGAGAUGAAGAGAAGCAUAAUCCCAUGAUAUAUUAAUAGCAGUUUAGAAUGAUAAUCCAUCGGAAAAAGCCAUAGAAUCCUUCCGCGCACUGUAUAUGGAUGGGUUGACAGCGGAGACGGAUUUUGUCUUGGGUUACUGCUUGCUAGCACUUCCAGCGCCAGUUUUAAGUGGGAGAGGAACCCCUUGUACUCCCAUUUCAUACAUUUAUGAGUAAUUUAUCCCACACCACCCCCCCACCCCACUAGGCACCACCCAUGAUUAGAAUUUAGAAAUGCGUCGGCCUCAUACUUGUUUCUCAGAGAAGCCGCAGCAGCACCUCAUUCUCCCUCAUCGGCGGUUACUGUUAGUGCGGCCCCCGCUGCUUCUUGUGCUGCUUCUCCUCUUGACGCUCACGGUUUCAUCAUGGUUAGCUGUCUUUCUGUGUGGUUUCUCAAAACCGCGGCAGCAGCAAGUUCCAUCCCUUGAAUUUAACGAGAGUUUGAAUAAUAACAAUGCCCAUCAUUCUUCUGCAGAAUCUGUCCAGGACCGGAAUGAUUCCCUCAGCUCAGGGAACCUCUUAGGUUCUCCUUACCACAAUUGGCAACUUUUUGCCUCUGAUUUUCAGGAAAUGCUGCACAAAUUAAAGAUCUUCGUCUAUCCUGAUGCAUCCAUGAACCAGUCAUCUUCUCCCUUCGCUCGGGUUUUCCUUCCCAACCCAAACCCUUUCCAUCCCAAACUAGCAAAUUACUUCAGUGAGCACAUGUUUAAGGUGGCUCUUCUCCGUAGUUCCCUCCUUACGCCCCAUCCACAAGAUGCUCAUUUCUUUUUCUUGCCCUUUUCCGUCAAUACUCUGCGUAAUGAUCCUCGCGUGCAUUCCGAGGCAUCCAUUUCCGAUUUUGUCACCCAAUACACCACUAGAAUCAGUUGGGAGUACAAAUUUUGGAAUGCCUCUAGAGGCACUGACCAUUUCUACAUCUGCUGUCAUUCCGUUGGUCGUGAGGCAGCCUCCAAGCAUCAUGACUUGCAUAACAAUGCCAUUCAGGUUACUUGCUCCUCCAGCUACUUCCAAAGGCUGUAUAUUAGCCACAAAGACGUGGGGCUGCCACAGGUUUGGCCUCGGCCUCCUGAGAAACUAUUGAAUCCCCCAGAAUUAAGGCAUAAACUUGUUUUUUUUGCUGGCCGUGUGCAAAACUCUCACAUCCGCCAGGAGCUAAUGGCUGUAUGGGGAAAUGAUACUGAUAUCGAUUUAUUCUCUGGAAGUCCACCUUUCCCUUAUGAGGAAGGGUUAAGGAAGAGCAAGUACUGUCUCCAUGUGAAGGGUUAUGAAGUGAACACGGCUAGAGUCUGUGAUGCUAUACAUUAUGGGUGCAUUCCUGUUAUAGUUUCCAACUAUUACGAUCUUCCUUUCUCAAAUGUUUUGGACUGGAGCAAGUUCUCAGUAAUCAUCAGCCAUAAAAGCAUUGCCACCUUGAAAAAAAUAUUGUUAUCAAUAUCAAAACAGAAGUACCUAAGCAUGUACCAGAACCUGUGUUUAGUAAGGAGGCACUUCGCAUGGCAUACAACACCAAGAGGUUAUGAUUCCUUCCAUAUGACUGCCUACCAAUUGUGGCUUAGGAGAGGUGUACAUAGACUAUCUUAUUAAUUCAAUGCUUAGGUUUUGAUUAGUUUAAUGGAUACUUUGUGGACCUGCUGCUCCAUGCAAGUGUGAUUUCCCUUGGUUAAACCUGCUGUCCAAACUGAAGGAUGGAUGAUGUUUACAUAAGUACAAGGAUGCAGCUGAGUUUGCCACAUUCUCUUGGUUGUAUUCUGAAAUAUGUGGUACUUGAAAGCUACUACCGAGCAUGGUAGAUUUGCAAGAGUGGGGGUUAAGACCUACUGUUUUCGUACUAGAAAUGCUCCACUUCAUGAGCUGAUAA